AUGCAGAAGAAGGGAGGGGAUUUCGUUGUGGAGGAUGUGCCGGUGGAGCGGGUGGAGGGAGGCAAGGAGCCGAUCGUUAUCGGCAACGAGAUCCUGCGCAAGGGCUGGAUCGCGCGCGACAUCCGCGAGCGAGUGCCCAAGGCGGUGAAGUUCGUCAUCAUCACCGACUCGAACGUGUUCGGGCUCUACGGUCAGACCUUCAUCUCGACCUUCGAGCAGGUGCUCCACAUCAAGCCCUUUGUCAAAGUGCUGCCACCGGGCGAGGAGACCAAGAGCCGGCAGGUCAAGGAGGAGAUCGAAGAUUUCAUGCUCGCCAAGGCUUGCAAUCGCGACACCUGCGUGGUCGCCCUGGGUGGUGGUGUCAUUGGCGAUCUCGCUGGAUUCGUGGCUGCCACCUACCUCCGAGGGGUGCCUUUCGUGCAAGUACCAACCACCCUCCUGGCCAUGGUGGACUCUUCGAUCGGCGGCAAGACUGGACUCAACCCGCCAGCGGGCAAGAACCUCGUGGGCGCGUUCCACCACCCCAAGGCAGUCUACAUCGAUCUGUCGCUCCUCAAAACUCUUCCCCAGCGCGAGUUCUGUAACGGCCUUGCCGAGGUCAUCAAGUCUGGAGUGAUCAGGGACCCCGAGCUGUUCGAAUUGCUGGAGACCAACGUGGACGGCAUCCUCAACAACAGGGAGGAGCGUUUGCUUCGGGAGAUCGUGCACCGAUCGGCCAAGAUGAAGGCCGAGGUGGUCAUGAUGGACGCCAACGAAAACGGCAUCCGUUGCAUCCUCAACUACGGACACACGAUCGGCCAUGCCAUCGAGGCCUUUGCCUUCCCGCUCCUUCUGCACGGAGAGUGCGUGUCGAUUGGCAUGGUGCUCGAGAGCAAGCUGGCACAGAAGAUGAACCACCUCAAGAACCUCAACUUCAUUGGCCGGCUGACGCGAUGCCUGCAGGCCUACAAGCUCCCCGUCGUGGUCCCCAAACCGAAGAAACAACAGGGCGGCGAUCAGGGCAAGCGAAAGGAGGGAACGCUCGAAUUCACGCCGGAAGACCUGAUCAACAAGAUGCUCAUCGACAAGAAGAACGCCAACAGCAACAUCCGAUGCGUGAUCGUCAAGGACUUCGGCGAUGUGUUCGAACACCCCGUCGUUGUUGACAAGGACACGCUCAGGUUUGUGCUUUUGCCCUCCGUGGCGGUGGAGCCCACCCAGAGCGGCGUGAGCGGCGUGAUCACCGUGCCCGGCUCCAAGUCGAUCUCCAACCGCGUGUUGACUCUUGCCGCCCUGGGCGAAGGCGAAUGUCACAUCAAGGGGCUUCUCUCGGCCGACGACACGGACGUGAUGCUCGCCGCGCUUCGACGACUCGGUGUCCAGUACAAGUGGCUCGACCAAGGCCUCACGCUGUACAUCAAGGGCAGCGGAGGACAGCUGCAGCCGCCGAAGGAGCCCGAGAUCCCAUUCUUCCUGGGCAACGCCGGCACGGCGUCGCGCUUCCUGACCACCAUGUGCACCCUCGUCACCCCGCCGGCUGGCUCGACGGAAAAGGUGUCGACGAUCUUGACGGGGGUCGACAGGCUCAAGGAGCGGCCCAUCAGCGAUCUCGUGGAGGCGCUGCGGGAGAACGGCUGCGUCAUCAACUACCUCGAGAAGGAGGGCUACUUCCCCAUCGAAGUGGUCGGUGGUAAGGGGCUGAACGGUGGUGUGAUCAACCUCUCGGCCAAGCUUAGCAGCCAGUACGUGUCCUCCAUCCUUCUCUCGGCCCCGUACGCGCUCAACGACGUCGACCUGCAGAUCAAAGGUGAGGCCGUUUCGCAGCCGUUCAUCGAGAUGACCAUCAAGGUGAUGCAGCAGUUCGGCGUCAAGGUCGUCGACACCUCCAAGGAGGACAAGAUCUCCUGGUUCAUCCCCCGCGGCGUUUACCACAAUCCCAAGGAUUUCGUCGUCGAGCCCGACGCGUCGUCUGCUUCGUACCCUCUCGCGCUGGCGGCCAUCACCGGCGGCGAGAUCACUGUGGACAACAUCGGCUCGUCGAGCGUGCAGGGCGACGCCCAGUUCUACACGGUCAUGGAGAAGAUGGGCUGCACAGUCAACCAGACCACCACCUCCACCACCGUGAAGGGUCCGGCGCGCGGUGGCCUGAAGGCCGUCGACAUCGACAUGUCAUCCAUGACCGACACCUUCAUGACCGUCGCAGUCCUCGCCGCCGUCGCCACCGGCACGUCGCGUAUUUACAACAUCGCCAACCAGCGCGUCAAGGAGUGUAAUCGCAUUGCGGCGAUGGUGAAAGAACUCGGGAAGUGCGGCGUGACCGCUCGCGAGCUCGAAGACGGUCUGGAGAUUGACGGUUGCGGCGGGGACAUCUCCAAGCUGCACGGCGCCAGCAUCGAAUGCUACAGGGAUCACCGAAUUGCCAUGAGCUUCGGCGUGUUCGGAACGGUGGUGCCGGGCAUCCUCAUCACCGACAAGGAGUGCGUCGACAAGACCUACCCGGACUUCUGGUACGACCUCGAGUUCCGCUUCGGCGUCCGCCUGUCCGUGCCCUCUACCGAGAACGAACAGCAAAAGCCCGCCACCGCCGCCGCCGAGGCGCCGGUUGCCGAGCAGCCCGGCCCGGACGGCGACGACCGGUCGGUGGUGCUGGUGGGCAUGCGCGGGUCGGGCAAGAGCACGAUGGGCUCGGCCCUCGCCGCGGGCCUGGGCUGGAAGUUCAUCGACAUCGACGUCGAGUUUGAGGCCUUUGCGGGCGAGAAGAUCCGGUCCUUCGUCGACGCGCACGGCUGGCCGGCCUUCCGGGCCAAGGAGGAGGAGCUCGUGCGCCAGGUGGUCGGGGCUCACCCGCAGCGGACCGUCAUCUCCACCGGCGGAGGCAUCGUCGAGACCCCGACCGCUUUCGAGUACCUCCUCGCCAAGAAGAAGGAUGUGAUCAUUGUGCAACUGCGGCGCAAUGUGGAGGACGUGAUCGAGUACCUCAGUGCGGACGUGAGCCGAGCCGACCUGGGCGAGGAGACGCGCAAGAUCUGGGAGCGGAGGAGGCCCCUCUACGAGCAGGUGUCCGACCACGAGUUCUACAUCGGCCGGGGCGAGCGCGACUGGGCGGCGGCCGAGCGCGACCUGGUCGACCUGGUCCAGCGCGUGCGGCGGGGCGACCGCGCGCCGCUGCCGCUGCCGGGCCUCGACCGCGACACGGGCGAGAGCUACUUCCUGUCGCUCACCACCCCGCGCGUCGAGGAGUGCCUGCCCUUCGCCGACGAGCUCUUCGCCGACGUCGACCUGAUCGAGAUGCGCGUCGACCUCAUGGAGAGCCAGGACGAGGACUUUCUGCGCGAGCAGACCGCGCUCCUGCGGCGCCGCACGGCCAAGCCGCUGCUGUUCACUCUCCGCACCCGCGACCAGGGCGGCCGCUACGACGAGACCGGGCGCGCCGACGAGAUCGUGCGGCUGUUCGGGCUGGCCCUGCGCCUGGGCGUCGAGUUCAUCGACCUGGAGAUCACCCUCCAGCCCGAGAUCGUGUCAGCCGUGCUCGAUAAGCGCCGGGCGCUGGGCGGCGCCACGCGGGUCAUCGCCUCCUACCACCAGUUCAACGACCCGGUCAAGAGCGAAGAGGACGUGGUGCGCGUUCUGCAGCGAUGCCACGCGCUCGGCCAGACCGGCGCAUUGUCGGCGUCGUCGCUGGUCGACGUGGUCAAGGUGGUGAUCUUCGCCUUUGCCGACGGCGACGUGUGGACGCUGCGCAACGGCGUGAAGCGCGCGCAGGAGACGGUGGCCCACCUCCAGGGCUUCCCGACGAUCGCCCUGGCCGCCGGGGAGAAGGGCAAGCUCUCGCGCGUCAUGAACAAGUUCCUCACCCCAGUCACCCACCCGCUGCUGCCCGCCAAGGCCGCCCCUGGCCAACUGUCGGUGAAGGAGAUCAAGUCCGUCCGUGGCCUCCUCGACAUGUAA